AUGGUUAAUAAAUUUAUAUCAGCUGAGCUUCCAAAUAAAGAUACUGAUCCUAUUUUAUAUGACAUAGUUGUGAAAAAUAUGAUACACGGGCCUUGCGGUGACUGGUGUAUGGUAAAUAACAAAUGCUCAAAAAAAUUUCCGAAAGAAUUCCAAAAUGAAACUAUUAUGGAUAAAACUAAAUAUAUUUAUAAAGGACACGAUGCAGCAACAGUAACUAUUGGGAAUGAAAAUGUAUCUACAAAUAUUAUUAACCACGAUGAAGUUAGCAGUUUCAUAGAAACUCGAUAUGUCGGACCUGUUGAAAAAUGUUAUCGAAUUUUUAGCAAACCAUUGCAAAAUAAAAGUCAUGCUAUUGAACGACUACCAAUUCAUUUAUCACAUCAGCAAUACGUAGUAAUUUCAAGUAACGCAGAAAACAUUGUAGACAAUCUGCAUCAUGCGAGUAGUAAGUUACUUGAUUAUUUCAAAUUAAAUAUUGAAAAUAGCACUGCACGUCAGUAUUUAUAUAGUGACAUUCCGUCAUUUUUUACUUAUAAAAAAGAAAAAAUUAAUGGUACUAUGGUAACGAAGUGGGCAAUACGCAAAAAACAUUUUGAUUGCAUCGGACGAAUGUUUUCUGUGAGUCCUACACAACCAGAGCUAUUUCACUUACGAUUAUUAUUAUUGCAUGUAAGAGGACCUACAAGCUUUGAUUCCUUAAAAACAGUAAAUGGUAUAAUUCAACCUUCCUUUACAGCAGCUUGCCUAGAAUUAGGAUUAAUAGAAGACGAUGAAGAAUGGGCUAAAGCGAUGGAGGAAGCAACAAUAUGGAUGAUGCCACGUAGACUUCGACAAUUGUUUGUUCGAAUUUUAAUACAUUGUCAACCUAUACACCCUGAAGAAUUAUGGGAUAAGUUCAACGAUGCAUUGUCGGAAGAUUUUUCGCGAAUGCACGACGUUAUUAGAAGUCAUCAAAUGGCAUAUGCUGAAAUUAAUAAUUUAUUGAAUUAUGAAGGUAAGAGUUUGGCUGACUACCCUACUAUGGAUCAAACAGUAGUUAGUCAUUUAUUAUUAGAAAACAAUAAUGAAUCAUUACAAUCAAAUUAUAGAAAAAUUGGAGAACGUCAAUAUCAGCUAUUGAAUGAACAACAAAAAGAAAUUGUCGACGUUGUUUUGAACUUAGCAAAUGAGACUAAUAAUCAUGAUAAUAAUUUCAAAGUAUCUUCAAUGGCCUUCACUGGAAUUGCAGCAAUAUUACUUCCACAAGGAAAAACAGUACAUAAAACAUUUGGUCUUCCUGUUCCUAUGUACAGUGACUCGUCAAGUAUAACAGCGCAAUCUAAGGAUGGCCUUCUACUAAAAGAAACAAAAGUUUUUAUUUGGGACGAAGCGCCUAUGGCUCCAAGAUAUGCAUUAGAAAUAGUGAAUAGAACGUUACAACAAUUUAUGAACAAUAAUUUACCAUUUGGUGGUAAAGUUAUGGUUUUAGGGGGCGAUUUUAGGCAACUUUUACCAAUUAAAAUCAAUGAAAGUCGUACUGAAACCUAG